AUGGAGAAUAAAGACGGUACCGGACCCAGGAGAAGGGAGAGGAGAAAAGAAUCUGUCAUCCCCUUCCUAAAGAAGCCGAAAAAACCCCGGGAAAUGUCCGAGGAACAUUUUGAAGAGCUCGAAGAGUGGUGGGCCAAGGCGGAUGUAGACGGUGAUGGAUUUAUAUCUUUGGAGGAGUAUGUCAAAAUAAUGUCAGCAAAUUAUGUCUCUAUUGAUAUGGAGAAGGAGCGGAUGAAGGCGGCUUUUAAUCUCCUGGACAAGAACGGGGACGGGAGGAUCUCACUCAGUGAAUUCCAGGCCGUUAUGAUGUUCAACAACAAUGAGAUGACCAAAAAGAAAGUAGAGGAACUCUUUAAGGAGGUGGAUUCCGGAGGAAAAGGGUAUCUGGAUUACACAGAUUUUAUCGACAGCCAUAUUUGCUCAGUCGUCUUCCAGUGAUGUCAUCAUAUACAUAUGGGCGAUUCUACGAAUCAAUUCUAUUAUCAAUGAUAAUUAGUGUCAAUAAUAAGUGUCAAGAACUUACCAAAGACAAAGUGAACUAUAAUAUGCAUAACUAGUACGGGAUAUUCUAUAUCCACCUGCUUACUUGGAAUAUCAGCAGUGAGGGUAAUGCAUACGGACAAAAUAUCCAUAAAGAUGUACAUAAU